UGUCGUUGUUGUUGUCAUAAUGUUUUAUUUUAAAAUAUGUUUACUAAUCGUUUCAAUGCUAAAUCAUUUUGUAGGUGAGAGAAAUCUAUUCCAAAAAUCCUACCUUUAUCGGUUUCAAGGAUAUUUCAUUCAGGUGAAAUAAAAUAGUAACGUUACUUGUGUAUCAUCGUCACGGUUCAAAUUUUCCCUCCUCAACUUCAGGUUAUCUUAGUGAUCAGCAGUCACUCCGUAAGAGAUUGGUCUGACUUUAAAACAUUGGUGUAAUACAAGUGAGUUGAUGGGCUUUUACAACCCCUGCAGAGUGACAUUUAGUACAUUUCAGGUAUAUACAAAGGGAAGUAGCGAACAGUAAAGUAAAAUGAUCAUUCCAGCAUGCUCAGUCUUACCAAGAGCCAUGGACACUAAACCUAGAGUUAACUAAAAACUUUAAAUUUACAAUUUAGACUUAAAGGGUGGAUUUCCAUUGUCGCGUAUUUUUUUUUUCUUUUUUUCUUUUUUCUUUUUUUUUUUUGCUUGCGUGCGUAAAAUUUACAUUCGCAAUUCGCAGAUGCAACCUUAAAAGAUCGCGCGUAAAAGUGAAAGUUGAACCUCGCCCACCUUCACGUUUAAGCGCAACACUUCAUUCCUUGUCUCUAUUUUUAUUUAUGCGUGCAAAAUUUACGUGCGUGUACACGCACGUGAAAAUUAGGACAGUGGAAAUCCACCCCAACACGAUAGCUGCCACACCUAGAGUUGGUCGCUGUCUUUCUUACUCCCUUUAAUCGACUCCCGAAAAGACGGGCAUCUCUCUGAGAGGGACACAUUGUGCCCGUCCUUAAGUUGUCCUUCUUAGAGAAAGUUGACUAUAGAUAUGUUUUACAGCAAAGGAAGUAUUAUCUGUGCGAUGGUCCUAAACUUCGCUGCUGAACCUGCCAGCAAAAACUCUGAAUUGCUGGAAGAUUUGCAAGAGAGAGUAACUUCUGGUAAAGUGGGACAGUUCAGUGUCGAUGCUUCUCAUGGUCUUAACGUGGAGCCAGAAGUUGGUGAGAUAUUAUUUACAAUCGUUUCUUACAUAAUUUUCAACUUGUUAGAUUUUCACUUGCGUUGUUCCACAGCUAUAACUUUAAUAAAGAAUACUGUUUUAAAAACUAAUCAAGACUGCAAAAUUCAUACGAUGCAAACGUGUGUAACUUUUCUUACUUCCCUCAACUGUGUAACCAACUUACCUGAUUAUAAUAUCAACGUCUUUCCAUAACGUAAGCGUUCGCCCGUUUUCACGUGCCUGAAUUACUUAAAAAUUGUAAUGGUUAUCAAUAUUCUGUGUGUUGAUUAACCAAGAUAACAGGAUAAGGAAAGGUGAUGGAAUUUUAAUUUCUUUCAGCGGCGAUGACCUGUUCAGUGCUGCCAUUACUUUUCUAUCACGCAGCUUCCAUACAUCUCUUGCGUCCUUUUUCACCAUAACAUUUCAAAACCUCAUUUGAGUUUUCUGCAAAGCUUGGCUCUAUUCCAUUGCUGAUUAUACAUGUACUGUUAAAAAGAUUUUGAACGCACUGCAAUCCAUUGGUAGUACUUCUAAAAUUCACAUUUGACCAAGCACUGAUCAUUUUGUUUGCGCAUACAUUGGUUUCAGAAGUAACAACCAUCCAACCGGUUUUUAGUACUGUUCAGGUGACCAUUGGUAGUCUGACCCCAACCAGGAAAGGUAAUUCCCAUUUAAAGUUGCGCAUGAGUUAUGGAAGUUGCGUGUUUGUUUGUUUGUUUGUUUGUUGUUAUCAUUACAUCAAGACACUAGCCGUGAAAAAAGGCAAUCAAACCGUUUAUUGUUAUAAACAGCUCACAUUUUCAAGAAAAAUGUGAUUGAUUUAAGAUUUUCUGAAGGUUGUACUGUGUUGGAAACUAGCGAAAUUUUCUUCAAAGUGACACUUUCGCGUCAAUCAUUAAACGGCGUUAGACUCGGUGCCCUGGCUAGCACUAGUACCUGAUUGCUUCCUUUGAUUACCCGAUGUGUAAAUGUUUGUUCCAUUUCGCCGUUGAGACGCUAUUGGAGUAGAAUGAGACGCUAUUGGAGUAGAAUGAGACGCUAUUGGUGUAGAACAGGAGGUUAUGGAUAUGCAAAGCACACUACUGACUAGCAACUAUAGGAAGUAACUGUAGGUAGCUACUGUUGUACCUGAUCACAAGGUCUCCACCUUGUAUUUGGGGCACCGUGGUCGAAUUCUGGCGUGAGUAGUGAAAAAAUGGUGUGCCACAGGUUUAUCAGUUUUUAAAACUGUCAAGUGUAACCCUCGUAACCCUUCCUUAAUGAAUAAAAUUAGUUAUGAGAAACGGAACUCAUGCACCAUGAUCGAUUGAGAGAGCAACUGCAUUUCCAUUUACUGUCGCUCGCUGACUGAUUGUAGGGUUACAAAAAGAAAUUGUCAGGUCCAGAGUUUGUUAGACGAGUCUGUCUCUUUAUAAAAGCUGUUGUGUUUACUGUAUUACUUUUUUGCAGACCCAACCCCCGCUCCGGACAAACAAGGUAGGUGUCUCUACUAAAUUAUUUGAUUUAAACCGACUUUAUGGAUUCAUAUUGACGAUGCUGGAAAGAAAGUGUGUUUCUAAAGUCUGAAAUAGUCGUGCUGCCAGUUACAGCUGUAAACUUAAAAAAAAAAAGACGUUUUAGCGGAGCAGAGCAGAUAAACAAAUGUAGUAAAAAGGGUGAUUUGCCUACAGAGUUGCCUAAACUUCUAGUCUGUUCCAGGGAAAACCGCGAGGGAGGGGUGGGUUAGGAACUCUCUUUUUCCCUUUCGUUCCUUCGCGCCCCAUUCCACUAUCUGAAUUCCUGAAAUAGGCUGUGUACUACUUUGUUUUUUCACUUUGAGAACCCUUUUGUAAAGCAAAAAAAUUGGCAGAAAAUUGCAUGCUGCCUGUGAAUAGGCAGUCUGAUGUAGGGAAAGGGCAGAAAACUAACAAAAAUACAGCUGAAGAGGCAGGCGAUGGGAAGGCCCAAUAAAAUAAAAGAACAUUUUCCUUCUGUUCACUUGCCUUGCUCGUCUGUCUUUACGUCAACCUGAAAGAGUAUGUCUUUUUAAAGUAGCAUUUCUGGUAAAACGGGUUAAUUCGUGUCCACUUUCCAACAUUCGCGGCCCCUUAUUGUGUAGAACAAUAUGUGUUUGUAGUAAAUACCCAGUUGGACAAUAACAUAGCAUAACAGCAGUAAGGUAGGUCCAGUUGUCGUCACGGGAUCAGUAACAGAACACAUUUUUUUCCAAAAUAGAAAACAGAGACAAUGGUUUGUUUGCCGUAGCUGUGGUGACCGCCAUCUUACUAAGUCUUAUUCUUGGAUUUGCGCUUGGAGUAAAGUUUCAUGGUCAGGUUAUGAGUCACUGUAAAGGGUCCUCUGAAGAUCCAGAGUCAUGUGAUGGACCAAGCAACAAAAAAGUUGAGGGGGUUAAGUAUACCAGAUCACCACCCAGAGAUGAAAAAAGUAAAAGUGAACCAAAUACCACGAAACGUCUGCUUAACAAGGAACGAGAUGAAACGGGCGAGGCCGAAGGUAGCGAUAGUGAUAGUUCCACCGCUGGUAAGAUUGGAAAUGAAGAUGACGGAAAUAAUACAUUUUCAAGAUCUCCUGCUAGAUCAAUAUCACCAACUGUGUCCAUUACUAGAAAUGACAAGAAACCGCCAUUAAGAAACGGAAAGAUGUCUGUAUGCUAG